GAAAAAUUUGUAUUGGUGUGAAAAAUGAUUCCCGGACGUGCCCUGCACUAUGUUCUCAAGAUUGGAGAUCGUGCCAAGAAUAUUCACUUCUUCAGGAACAUUUUGGGAAUGAAGGUGCUUCGUCAUGAGGAAUUUACGGAAGGUUGUGAUGCUCAAUGCAAUGGGCCGUACGAUAAUCGAUGGAGCAAGACAAUGAUUGGGUAUGGCCCAGAAUCGGAUUUCUUUGUCGUUGAACUAACUUACAACUACGGCGUGAAAUCAUACGAGCUGGGCAAUGAUUUCGGUGGGAUGACAAUCAAAGACGGGGAAAUUCUCUCUCGAGCAAAGAAUCUCAACUAUCCCGUGUCCAAGGAUGGCGAGAGGGAUGUUCUCCUCAGCCCAGAUGGGUACAAAUUCUUCAUUCAAGCUGCGGAAUCUUCCACAGCUGAUAAAGUCUCGAAAGUAACGCUCCACUGUACGAAUCUCAAGCGUUCCCUUGACUACUGGAAUGGUUUGCUGGAGAUGGAGAUUAACUCUCAAGAGGAAAGGAGUGCUCUGCUUAGUUAUGCCGUGAAUCAGGCAAAGUUGGAAUUGAAAGAGAUUGCAGAGCCUCUCAAUCGCGCCAAGGCCUACGGGAGGAUUGCCUUUGCUGUUCCAGCCAACAUUCAACCGGAAAUUGACAGGAAAAUUAAGGCAAAUAAUGAGACAAUUCUUACACCACUCAUCUCUCUCGAUACUCCCGGAAAAGCCACCGUUCAGGUCAUUAUUCUCGCUGAUCCUGAUGGCCAUGAGAUCUGCUUUGUAAACGAAGAAGGAUUCUCGGAGCUAUCCAAAGUGGAUCCGGCAAGUGAUCAGGAACUCGAGAAGUACAUCAAGAAGGAUCCAUUCCAGCAGUAAGAGCCAUGAAAAAGAAUUCUUUAUAUUUUUUUCUUAUUAAAUGGUGAUUUAUUGCAGAUAA